CUUCAUUUUUCGCACUUAAUGUUUUUCUGAAAACUUCGCUGAGAUUUUCCCCUUGCACCAGCCUGGACUAAUGGAUUACCACCUGCUUGGACUAAUUUUAUCUUUUCUCUUCAAUGGCACAAAGGUCUUAGCCGGUUACCCAAUUUGGUGGUCCCUUGCACUCGGUCAGCAGUACAGCUCCCUGGGGUCCCAGCCCAUCCUCUGCGGCUCCAUCCCCGGCCUCGUCCCCAAGCAGCUCCGCUUCUGCCGCAACUACAUUGAGAUCAUGCCCAGCGUGGCCGAGGGGGUGAAGUUGGGCAUCCAGGAGUGCCAGCACCAGUUCCGGGGACGCCGUUGGAACUGCACCACCAUCGACGACAGCCUGGCCAUCUUUGGGCCGGUCCUGGACAAAGCCACGCGAGAGUCCGCCUUUGUCCAUGCCAUCGCCUCGGCAGGGGUGGCCUUCGCCGUGACGCGCUCCUGUGCUGAGGGCACGUCCACGAUCUGCGGCUGUGACUCCCACCACAAAGGACCUCCAGGAGAUGGCUGGAAAUGGGGGGGAUGCAGCGAGGAUGCCGACUUCGGCGUGCUGGUGUCCCGGGAAUUCGCAGAUGCCCGAGAGAACCGGCCAGACGCCCGCUCGGCCAUGAACAGACACAACAACGAGGCCGGCAGGACGACCAUCCUGGAUCACAUGCACCUGAAGUGCAAGUGCCACGGUCUCUCGGGAAGCUGCGAGGUCAAGACCUGCUGGUGGGCCCAGCCUGAUUUCCGGGCGAUCGGUGACUACCUGAAGGAUAAAUAUGACAGCGCCUCCGAGAUGGUGGUCGAAAAGCACCGAGAAUCUCGGGGAUGGGUAGAAACUCUUAGGGCCAAGUACGCUCUUUUCAAGCCGCCGACGGAGCGGGAUCUGGUCUACUAUGAGAACUCCCCCAAUUUUUGCGAGCCCAACCCAGAGACAGGCUCCUUUGGGACGAGGGACAGAACGUGCAACGUCACCUCCCACGGGAUCGACGGCUGCGACCUGCUGUGCUGCGGUCGUGGCCACAACACCAGGACUGAGAAAAGGAAGGAGAAGUGUCACUGCAUCUUCCACUGGUGCUGCUACGUCAGCUGCCAGGAGUGCAUACGCGUCUACGAUGUCCACACCUGCAAGUAAACGUCGGUAGGUCUCCAACUGAUGGGAGGCUGCUCCAGAGCAGGGCCAAGGGGUCCAUCAACCCUGCGAGCAGCUCCCCCAUGGUGGCCUCACGCUUCAGAGGAUGGCAUUAAAACAAUCCCAGAGCCCUUGGUCAGGGCAGACACCCUCCCACCAGCGCUGCAGGGAAGGUUCUCGGCAUCUCACCCACGCAAGGCUCACCCAGGUCCAAGGCUCAACCUGGAGCUGCAGACAUGUUACAUCCCCAAUUUGCUGACUUCUCUGGGGCUGUCUGGCACGGUGACUGUCUGGGAGAAGCAGACGGACAGCAGAGGUCCCAGCGAGGCUCAGCCACACCAGUCCGUGUGCUGCUCACAGCCUGCAGAGAGCUUCCAGCUCUGUCCUCCUCCGGAGGCCUGGCCCACAUAGAUGCCAAUAUGGGGGGUUCAGGUGGAAAUGAAUUUUACACAGCGAAAUCUGAGCAAAUACGGGCUCCCCUGCCUGCUGGCACGGCCAUCCUGGUCUCAGCAGAUGUGGUGAGGAGGAGGAAAGGAGCCAGGCUCCUUCCUUCCUGCUCCAAGGAGGUGACAUUGGAGAAACAAACCUGUUCGAGCAGGUGAACAGAGCCCUUCAGCCAGUCCCGCCUUCCACCACCCCUUUGCCCUCUCUGCUCCCCACAGCCCCGAAUCAUCUCAAACGAUCCCCCUGAGGAGGGCGGUGGGAAACCGGAGCCCAGAGCUGACCCUCUGGCGUUUGGCCCAGGGUGGGAGCAGAGGGCAUGCGGUGAAGCUGCCACCUCUCGCACGGGGACACGUCGCCGCUCCAGCAGCCUCCUCGCCGUGCAGCCGCCCAGGGGAGAUUUUUGAGGACCUGGGCAGAUCCACCCAGUUGAUGCACCUACCUACUAAGCAUUCCCUAAUAUGACUUUAUGUCCCAGGGCGAGUUCAGAGCGUCUCCCUGGGGACAGGGCACCCACCACGGUGCUGAGCAUCCAGCUCUGAGCAUCAGUAAUGGACGGGGCGACAGAAGCCAUGGCAAGAAGAAAUUUCUGUCCGAGCUUUCUCGCCAAGGCAGAGACAGACUUGCUCAAACCACUGCAGAGAAUCAUAGAAUGGUCGAGGUUGGAAGAGAUCUUUAAGAUCAUCAAGUCCAACCAUCAACCCAACACUGCCCAAACCCCCACUGACCCAUGUCCCUCAGCACCACGUCUGCCCGGCUUUUAGAUACCUCCAGGGAUGGCGAUUCCACCCCUUCCCUGGGCAGCCUGUUCAUCCAGCAAAAGAAAGGCAAGGGCAGAUGGGGAAGGGAGACCUUGAUCCGACAGCACAACCCCAGGCAGACCCUUUCCUUCCCACAGGGUUUCUUGAGUUACCAGAAAUUCGUUCCUGAGUGUCCACAUCAAGCACCGAAGCUCCGUACCGUUAGCAGGGCUUUGGCUCCAGGUGUGACCACAGACAUCCCACGCCCCAUCUCGGUGCAGAAGAAUCAGCGCUCGCCCCUCCGUCUGCUCCCCAGGCCACAUCCCCCUCCCUUGGCCACAUCCCCCUCACUUUGGGCUUACGUUUUCACGGCGUAUUGACCCUUGACAUUAAAACAGUAAGUAUUAUCUCUGUCCUGGUGGGCGCCUCCACAAACGGUGAGGACCAAUAACCACGUUCCAAUACCACUUCUCCCGCGUCAGCGAUUCAACACAGAAAUACGCCUACACCGUUAAAGCUGUGUCUUCUGCUCCGCUCCCUCCUUUGUCCCUGGCAAAGAGCAGCACACGGUCCCGCCAAGAGCAAUGGAACGGGAGAGCGGGGCCCUGUCACUCGAGCCUGGAGAGAACCAGAGCACGGCCGUCCGUCCCUCCCCUGCAGAGCUGGACGAGCAGCUCCCGGCGUCGCGCAGCCCCAGCAGCGGCAAAUUCCCAAAAGGAAAAAAGCACAGGAGAGCGCCACGAAACCUCCCCGGCGCAGAAAUCAGCCGUCUUGUGAUACGCGUUCUAUUUAAAAGCAUAUAUUAAAUUCUGUGUCUGGCCAGAUUCCAAGUACCUGACUUCAAACAAAAAAAAAAAACAACAAAAAAAAAAUCCCUCGUUUGUUUGUUUGGUUUUUU